AUGCAGCAGAAUACUAUACAAGCCACAGACAAGAUACCGCACAACAUCCCGCUCCUCUCUUGCGUCCCCGCCCAUCUACCUGCACGAUCCACAUCGGGUAUCACCGAGCACCGCACCUCUCAUCGCCCUAGCCAAGCCGGCGGCGUCCCAUCCCAUGAAUCAUCAAAAGAAAAACAAACCCAACAAACGGUGAGCACAAGAGGACAGGCAAGACGAAACCCAGCCAGUCUCGCCCGACCACAAUGUCCCGCCCUCGCACCAAUGCAAGGGAGAAAGGAAAAUACAGGGAAGGAUAGAAUCAAAACAAGCGAGCGCGAGUCCAAUCCAUGUCGAUGUCCCAUGGGACCUCCCAUUUGCUCGGCUGCGAAGCAGAUAAUACCUUUCCAGAUCGUUUCGUGCAUGCAUUGUAAGUCAUAUCGGCGUGCCAAAGGAACUAAAAAGAGGAAAGACCUCGCACGAUGA